CAAAUAGAAUUACGGAUUCAACAUAAUGAAGAUUUGUUUGAAAUUUCGAUAUGGCAAUACCUUGAUUGAUCAAGUUUGUUUGAAUACUUUAAAUGACAUUACCUUUAGUGAAGUAUGGGACAUUAUACUUUAGUUACCCUGAAUACUACCUUUUUGUGAAUGAAUCGGUUGCAGCUGAAUUGAAUAUAAUUGGUGUUUUAUAUUCUCUAUACCAGUAUGACAUUUGCGGUCUUACAAAAUAAUUACAUGCGGUGUGUAAUAAAAUCAGGUUUUAUUUUUUUGUAAUUAUUUAAAUCAUAUACAGGUUAUAAAUGAAAAUUCAAACAAAAUGGCUCCUCUAGAUACACGCUACCAAGCUGCAAUGCUUUUGAGUGGUGUAGGGGAUUCGCUAGGUUACAAAAAUGGAGUAUGGUUCAGUUGUUCAAAUGGAAUAAAAAUUCAUGAGGAACUUGAGAAACUUGGAGGAGUAAAUAACCUCGAGAUCAAACGUCCAGAAUGGAAAGUAAGUUCUUACACGCUACUAAAUUUACACACAGCAAUUGCACUCACUACAGUGCCGUACAAGACCGUUAAUGACUCAGUUCUCAUGCUUGUUGCCAAAAUGUACAAAAAUACAACCGAUGACUGGGAUAUGGAUGCACGGCAUCCUGACGAAACAUUCUAUGCAGCACGAGAAAGACUUAAUCCUGGUGGUGAUCAAGGGAUUAUAGUACCGUUUGACGUUAACGGAAUAAGUAGCGCGGCAGCUGUAAGGGGAAUGUGUAUCGGUCUGCGACAUCCUGGUCCUAUGGAUCUGCAUAAUUUAAUAAAGCUCAGCAUAGAAAUUGGUCGACUUCUUAAUCACAACCCAUCGGGUUUCCUAGGUACAGUGGCAACUGCGUUAUUCACGUCAUAUGCAUUACAAAAGAAAGAUGUAAAAGAGUGGGGGUAUGGACUGAUGAAAACUCUUCCUAAAGCAAUGUCGUAUGUGAAAGAGCGUGGAAUUGCCGUGCAAGAAAACCUAACAGCGUGGAAUGAAUUUGAAGACAAAUGGCGUAGUUAUGUCAGAUUGAGAAGAAUUGAAACAGGAGAACAUGACCCUGAAUUCCCACGCCCGUAUGAUAUAAAAAUAAGGGAAGAAUUCUAUAAGUCCAUCUCAGGAAACGAAAGACCAGGCAGCAAUGGAUGCGAUGCGACGAUAAUUGCAUAUGACGUUUUCCUAAGUUUUGACGGAUCUUGGGAAGAUUUGUGUGUCAGGUCAAUUUGUCACGGUGGAUUGAGCAAUGUUACUUGCUCACUCACUGCAUGCUGGUACGGUGCUUUGUAUGGAUAUAAAGGCGUUGAGAAAUGCAAUUAUUCCAAGGUAGAAUUUUGGAGACAUUUGCAAGGGUUAGAAGACCAUUUGUUCAAUCAAUCGGAUAAUGAAAGAUUGAAGAUUACUAAGGAUCUUGCAGAGAUUGAAAAUAUCGAAAAUCCAGGAAUAGCGCCAGCAAAUGAUGAUAUCAGAUGUAUUUACGUGCGAGAAGGCAUAAGUACUAAUAAUCUUAUAGAUGAUCAAGUUGCUAAAUUGAGAGAGGAUGUAACAUCGGAUGAAAGUAUGAGCAUAGGGGAUGCAAUUUACUCCCACCUACGAAAUUUUCUGGACAAGCUUGGAGACGCAUAUCCAAGUUGUAAAGUUUCUGAACUAAUAAAAGUUGGAAGUUUUCAUAAGGGUACAAAAAUUUACUUUGCAGACGAAUUUGACUUCAUCGCAGUGCUGUCAGAACUUUCAAAACCUGGUACGUUUGUCGUAGAAAGUAGUUGUGAUGACGGAGGUAGGGUUAAUAUCCGUUUCAACGAUGACUGUACAGACCUUGUUCACGUAAAUGAACAUUGGGACAAUGAUGAGCUACAAGAACAACAAGCUACUAAGAUUACAGAAAAAGUCUGUACUCGUCUUUACAAUACUGUGAUGACAGACAGAAAAUCAAUUCGCCUUAUCAGUAUUUAUGACCACCAUGAUCGUGCAGAGUGGAUGGCUCUACCAUCUGUGAAAGGAGUUGAGCUGUCGGUACGAUUUAGUGAAGCUAGGAGCCCAAAUAUGGUCUGGGAGUUUCUCUACAAAGAUCGUAUAAUAUCUGUAGAUAUUACUCUGGCUGUGAGGUACAGUAACAUCAAGGAAUUGUUCGCACCAGAAAAUGCAACCGUACCCGAAGUAGGCAAAGCAAUUUUGCAAAGGGGCUCUGUGUUACUCGUGGCUUAUAGAGACGGUUUCAGGCUAACAAUAACAGAGACUGAGGUAGAAUAUGUUCGGAAACGACUUGCCAUAAGACACAUACAUCUGUAUUUGUAUCUGAAAUACUUUAACUACAAAUAUGGUGAAUACGCCUCACUAAAGAGGAUUGGAUGCUUACCAUUUUCGUCAUAUAUGCUGAAAACAAUGUGCAUCUACCAUGACCUAAGAUGUAAUAAAGAUAAGGAGAAGAUAACAAAUGAAACAUGUCUGCGUGAUAUCGUAGACAUAAUGGAGGAAAGUUUGAGCGAAGGAUACCAGUAUCCGGCAGAGACUGUCAACGGUAUAGUAGUAGGUUUUCUUCCAAGUAUAUUCAACAAGACGAAAAACCUGUAUAAAGAGCCAUUUAAAUCAGUAGAUCGUCUGAAAGCCCUUCGGGAGAUUAUGAUACGGGACAUGAAAACCACACAUUUCUCUGGAAGGAAGUGGCAAGGCCUUUCUGAUAUCCUUUCGACUACCGCUAUCUACGAAUGA